AUGGGUCAUGCAAACCCGGGCCUUCUCGACCAACGUUUAGCCAUUGAGUGGAUUCGAGAUAACAUUGCUAGGUUUGGCGGAGAUCCAAAGCGCAUAACCAUAUUCGGGCAAUCUUCAGGUGGCGUCUCCGUCGACGACUACUCAUACGCUUGGUCGUCCGACCCAAUAGUACACGGCUUCAUCUCUCAAUCUGGAACAUCCACAGGACUUCGGCUUCGGACUGAGACACAGGCGCGGGACUUUUGGUUCAAUUCUACCGAAGCACUCGGUUGCGGUGACGCCAAUAGACCAUCGCAAGCAGUACACGAAUGCAUGUUGACAAAGCCGGCAAGCGAGAUUGUGAAGCAUCUACGUAAAAUAGUGAAUGGAGCCAUUCUCAUAUCUUACUCUCCCACUGUGGACAACCAGGUUGUGUUCGCCAACUACACAGGCAGAAAAUCAGCAGCUCUGCCGAUGCUCAUUGGCAACACCGAUUUUGAGGGUGGCCUAUUCCAAUUGUUUAGUCAGGAACCCGUUCCUGCCGGAUUUUGGAAGAAUAACAGCCAGGCGCUAUUUGGUUGUCCUGCUGCUUAUCGCGCAGCUGAAUCAGUACGGCAAGGUAACCCUACCUGGCGAUACAGAUACUUUGGCGAGUUCUCUAAUAUGGAAUUGUCAACGCAUCCCCCAAGUGGCGCAUAUCAUGAAUCUGAAGUCCGACAGCUGUUCAACACUGUUGAUCAGAGCGAGAUGUAUAGCACGACCCAGGAGAGGAUUUUGGCCAAGUAUAUGCGUGGCGCUUGGGCGACUUUUGCUAAGGAUCCAAAGAGGGGCCUGUUGACCUACGAGGAUGGAUGGCCCAUGUAUAAGCCGAAUGAACAGACACUCAUUCGAUUGGGCCUAAAUAAUAGGAUUGGCGCUCAUACAUCAUUUGCCAAAUUUUAUGAUUGGAACUGCUAG